AUGGCAAAUAAAAAUAAAGUUGAAAUAGAAGAAAGCUCCAGCGAUAACGAUAUUGCAUUUAAGCUGGAAAGCCUUGGGAGAAAAAAGCUAAAAAUGGGCUACGGAGAAACAGCAGAAGACGACUUGAACGCGCUCAUUCGAAUAAAGAAAUACGAAAGAGUGACAGACAAAGGAGUGACUUUGAUAAAGAGAAUGUCUUUCUCUCUUCCAAAGGGAAAAACCAUUGCUCUUCUAGGCCUGAGCGGAGACGGUAAGACCACUCUAAUGGAAAGCCUGAUAGGAUACUGCAACCCAUCGCACACCACAUACGGAGAGGUGUACGUUAGAAACGCAGAGGGAGCGCUUGUAAAGAGAGACGUGAAAGAGUGGUUCCCCAGGGUAAACUAUGUUGAACAGAGCGCAAUCAACUACAAAGGAAUUCCGCUGAAAAGCAUUCUGUGCUCAAUUGCAAACUGCAACGGAAAAAAAAGCAGAGAAGUCGAUGAGUACAUAGAGCUUAUGAAGCUCACAAAAUCAAAGAAUGUUUUGUUCAAAAAUCUCUCAGGAGGUGAGCAGAGAAGAGCCAUGGUCAUAGCGGGUAUUCUUUCGAAAAAAGAUUUUAAUAUCUGGGACGAGCCUCUCACAGGGCUUGACUCUGAAAUGGCCCGGACAGUCAUGAAGGCAAUAAAACAGGCAAAUACGACCAACCUUGUAACGGUGCACCAGAUAUCUGAUGAUUUGAUGAAGCUCUUUGACAACGUGCUUUUGAUGCACAAGUCCACGAUCAUAUACUCAGGCCCUGCUGCCAGCAUGAAAGACUACUUUACCACGAAGGGCAUAGACUUCCCGCACGACAUCUUCCACAUAAACUACCUUAUGAGGCUCUGCGCGCAGAACAGCGACAACGACCGCGACACAAAAAACAUAGAAACAUUCAACGGCAUAGCAGAUGCUAUUCUGAACAAAACAAUGGGGCCCCUUGCAGGAAAAAACAUUCUGUACACCGAUACACUCAGAAACGUGUCGUUUGUGAACGUAUUUGAGAUACUGAAAAGACUUACAUAUUUUGACAAGGGUUUUAAAGGAUUCAACUUUAUUCUCAAUGUGUUCUGUCCUCUGGUGAUCAUGAUUCCUUCGCUCUUAUAUAUGGUCAACGUUUUUCUACACAUAGGCCCAGAGGAAGGCCGGUUUAAUUUUCACGGCGGAAAAUCGUACUUGGUUUUGAUGGACAUACUCAUCUCCAUUAAAAGCCGCCUCACUCCUGCUGAGCUGCAAGACACAAAGCUGCUCGGUGCGCUGAACACGCUGAUCUCUGCGACAUGCAAUUUCACGUUCAUGAAUUCUUUAAUCUCUUCGCUUUUCAUGUUUAUUUUCGGGAUUAUAUUCUACGCCACCUGCCUGCCAAGUAACUUUUUGAACACCAAUUUCUACAGGCUCUGUAAAUCAAACAUCAAAAACAACCAGAUAACAGUGGGGGACUUCAUUGUUGCGCAGUCUAUUGACAUUUUCUUCAAAAAAACACUGACUAUUUGGAUGAGCCAGAUACUUCUGUAUUAUGUUCUGUACAGAUACAUUGAUGUAGAUGUUAAACAGUAUACGACAGUUGGGCACACACUGUACAUUUCCAUAAUGUUCCUCUUUUCUCUUCUGCUGAGUUUCUACUCGCUUGCGCUCAACCUCGCCCCCUUCCCAACCAAGCUCUUUUCAAUAUUCUCCGGGCUGAUAAUGGCAUUUCUGACACUUUUUCCAUAUUUCUUAUACAAUGUCUCGACAUUUUAUCACUAUGAUGCAAGCUUCCUUACAACCACCAAUCUGUACGAUGCAGAAGUUCCUGAUCUUGUAAAAUAUAUUAUAGCAAAUAUCAGCCCAAGCGCUAGUGAAUCGGGAAAAUACGACAACUUAGUCAAAUACAUUGUCUGUGCAGCAAGAUACUUAACCACGAUCAGUCCAAGAUACUUUUUCGAAGUAACUCUGCAGAAGAUUUUUUUGUACAACAGAUCAGUACAGAAAAACUUUAGUUCAGGCGAUAUUGACAAAGACUCAGUUACAAAAAUCAUGGAGAAAAUAGAUGUCUUAUUAAGUGAGAGCGAUAAACUCAAGGACGACCCACGCAGCAUGGCUCUGAGGCCGUACAAUGAUCGAGCUGAAUACUUUAAAGAUUGCAUCAGUGACAUUUGCGGGGGGAUAGAGCCUCAUGAAAUAUUCAAUCGAAAGGAAUCUCUUGAAGACAUUUCAAUACUGCGCGUCGUAUGGGACACUGCCUGCUACUGGAGACUGCCCAUUAUUCUGCUCUGUCUUACAAUCGUAUACUCUGUCAGAUAUCUUCAGCCAAGGCUAAGAAACUAA